GACAUAUAUAAUUGCACAGCGUUUGAUUUUUGAAAGUUUUUCAUUUUCAAUAUGUUUGGUGGAAAUUUUUGUUGUAAGAAAUUGCAUUUCAUUAUAAAAUAUAUAUAAUAUAUCUUUAAUCAUAUUUUUAAUAUUGCCAGUAUUAAAAAGUAAAUAGGGUGAUAUUUUGAAUACGACGAUUUUAAGUAUUUUGGUUGCCCUGUGUAGCGAAGUAAAAACCGUUAGGAAAUAUUAUAUGACUUACCAAAGCAAUGGAAUUCGUAGAAUAAUACGAAUCAGAUUUUUAAUUUAUUGAACGUAAAGUAAAAGACAUCUUUACACAGAAAAAUACGAAAAUUAUAUUCUAAACAUAUAUGCAAAGUAUAAAUAAGUGGUUACGGUUACGUUACGGUGAAAUUCGUUAAUAAAUUUUGGUUAAGAAAAAGAAAGAUUUGGAAAUGUUUGGUACAAAUCUUAAUAUGGGUAACCGAAGGGAUUAUGCUUCUUCUUUGGAACUUGGGUUGGACAUAAAAUACAUGCCGGAAAUAUUUUUGGAUACUACUAGCAUAAUAAGCAGCGGUUCACCAAAUCUUUCACCUACAUCUACUGAAACAUCAACAUCGCAAAUUUCUCCGAACAGCGUGAAUGCAUUUUCUCCAUUACCAUCAUUUUCGCCAACUCCAGCUUCCACUAUCGGUUAUACAAUUUCAAACAGUCGGACACGAGCUGGAUGUUGUGGAUUCUUUAAUGGCAACAAUGAAAAUUUUGAUAUGAAAGUACCAUUUUUAUCUUCACAAAAUAUAGAUUUAAAGCAGAAGAAAUAUGAGAUCAACCAAGAACAUUUGGCUCAGCAAAAGCAUUCACAAUUUUAUUCGGAAGCAUUUUUAGCUCAAAAGCAGAACAAAAACGAAAUUUCAAAGUCCCUAAAAAUGUUUGCUAUGUUGGCGUCGUAUAAGUAUGGGAAUGAUUCCUUAAACUCGGACAGAGGAUCUCCAGUGUGUGACAUAAUGGAUGAUUUUUAUUGCAAUGGAUAUGUCACAGACGAUCCGAAUUCAUUUGAGGAAGAAAAAACGUUGAAGGCAACAUCAUAUCUACGGCCAUGUAAUAAUAGCAACAAAUAUUUCUGCAAUGAUCUCAGUAGUCAAUGUAAUUGGAAUUUUAGUACCGUGAAUUAUGAAACUAACAACAAAAGCGCAGUCAAUCCAUGUAUCAACAAUAAUAAUGUUUCCGUUUUAAAACAUUUUGAUCCUAAUUUAUGGAUGAUGCAAAUGACUGCACCACCACAAAAUUAUAAUAGCGGCGUCCAGUCGCAGAGCCAAAAGAUACAUACUGCAGCGGUUUCAAUAACUGAUACUGCUACUGCCGCAACUGCGGCUGCUGCGGCCAAUAUUGCCUAUAAUGGUCAAAGUAUUAAGAAAAGUCAGAAAAGAUUUAGCGGUUCGAAGUUGGAUAAAUUUUUCGCAGUAAAGCAUUGUGUAUUCUGCGAAAAUAACAACGAACCAGAAGCUGUGGUGAAGAGCCAUGCAGUACGUGAUUCACUUGGACGCGUUCUUUGUCCAAAAUUACGCAUUUACGUAUGCCCGAUUUGCAAGGCUUCCGGAGAUGAUGCACAUACAGUUAAAUAUUGCCCCCAAAAACCGAUUAUUACGAUGGAAGACGCAGUAAAGGCAGACUCCUUACGUUUAGCGAAAAACUUGUACUUUAAGCAAGGAAUGAAUGUUUAGAAGAAAGUCCCCUUCCAGAAAAUAUAUUUAUAGAUUAAGAUUGAACCCUCGAAAUUUUUACAAUUCUUUAGAUGGAAAAAGAAAUGCAAAUGUUUCUUCUCUAUCGACUUGAAAAAGUCUCAUUUUAUUUUCACGUGAAGCGUAUUCGAUUUAAGUAAUUAUAUUAAGACUUACAGAAUAAUAUAUGAACAUUUAAGGGUGAAUUGAAAGUUUACUUAAGAAUGUAAAUAAUCCCUUACUAAAAGUAUUACAUUAUAGUAAAACUAUUUUUUUUAUAAUUUUAAUUAUGCAUUAUUUUAAAAAUGUAGAAUCGUUAAUUAUCUUAACUUAAAAGUAAUAUAUAAGUCAAACCAAAUAUGAUCGGUAAAAGUGGGCAUACAUUUAAUUUAUAUUUUACCCUCAUUUCGUGUUAAAGAACUCUGAAGGAUUUUUUUAUUUAAUUAAAAACUAUAACAGGGCUUACUUCUUUUGUAUAGCCGCAUGGAAGUUUAGUACUUGAAGUACAUUUCCCAACUAAAAUCUGAAAUUCGAAUUGAGUUUUGUUUUAGAUAAGCAUUCAAAUUAUAUGGAAUAUGAAAGACUUAUAUUUUAUUUUUAAUAAAAAAUAUAUAUACAAACACAAAUAUGGAAUAAUUUAAUGUGAAAUCAUGUUACAAUUAUAUUUAUAUGUAAUAAAGUCAAGUAAAAAAGGGCGUCUAACAAUCAUAUUCAUUCGAACCAUAAUUAAAUGGAAUUUUGACGAAAAAAUAAUCCUGAUAUAAGCAAAUUUCAUAAUUAUUUAUAUAAGAUUUACGAUGAAUUGUCCUCUUCUUUUACUUUUUUUUUUGCCAUAUUUCUAUCGUUUUGGAUUCCAAAGUUGAUAAUAUACAUAUGUAUAUAAAUUUAAUUAGUAAACUGAAAGAAUAAAAAGUUAUACUGUCAAAUUUAAA